AUGAAAAAACAUUUGCUAGUCAAUUAUCGGCAUUUACAAUUCCACUUGUUAUUAAUGCAAUUAUUAUCAGUAACUACAUCAAACUUCAAUGGUAACAACAUUGUAGAAACAAUUGAAAAUUCAACGCAAUCUUGGAAUAAAUUAGCAGUUGAUGAGAUGUGCAUUGUGAUGCAUCAACACGAGAUGAUGAGCACAACAACUUUCCGACACAUGUUCAUUUCAUGUCGAAUUUAUUUGACUUUGACCGUUUGCCAUCAAUUUUUCAUGAAUUCGGAAUCUCCAAAGUUGAUCUCGUCGUCGUCGGUGCAUUGGAUGAGAUCAGAAAAAUAA